AGCCCCGCCUCCCCGCGAUUGUAAAUACGGGCGCCACGUGAAGCCCCCGCCACAGGCAAGGGGACAGCGACAGUCCCGGAGCCAGGGGAUCCCCGCUCGCUCACCGCUCGCACCCGCCGCCCCGGCAGCGAUGAAGGCCGCCCGCAUUGCCCUCCGCAGCGCCGCCCCCCUGGCGGGGGCCAGCGCCGGCAGCGGCCGGCUGCCGCAGGAGGUGGAGCAGUUCUCCCGCUUCUCCCCCUCCCCGCUCUCCAUCAAGCAGUUGCUGGAUUUCGGCUCAACUAAUGGAUGUGAGAGAACUUCUUUCUCAUUUUUGCGGCAAGAACUUCCUGUGAGGUUUGCAAAUAUCCUGAGAGAAAUUGAUCUUCUUCCUGAUAAAUUACUAGGCACUCCAUCAGUAAAAUUAGUAAAAAGCUGGUACCUACAAAGCCUAAAGGAGUUGAUUGAGUUCCAUCAGAAAAGCCCAGAUGACCAAAAAGUCUUAUCUGAUUUUAUAGAUACUCUAAUUAGAGUCCGAAACAGACAUCAUGAUGUGGUUCCUACAAUGGCACAAGGAAUAAUUGAAUACAAAGACACUUUUAAAGUAGAUCCUGUCACCAAUCAAAACAUCCAGUAUUUUUUGGAUCGUUUUUACAUGAGCCGUAUUUCCACCCGGAUGCUAAUGAACCAACACACUCUUCUUUUUGAUGAUAAAUCUGGCUCGGGGCACCCAAGGCACAUUGGAAGUAUUGAUCCUUGCUGUGAUGUUGUUGAAGUAGUGAAUGAUGCUUAUGAAAGUUCCAAGAUGUUGUGUGACCAGUAUUACUUAACAUCUCCAGAAAUGAAACUUACUCAAGUGAACGGGAAAGCUCCAGGAGAACCAAUUAGCAUUGUAUAUGUUCCAUCUCAUCUUUUUCACAUGCUUUUUGAGCUCUUUAAGAAUUCAAUGAGAGCAACUGUUGAAUUCCAAGAAAACAGUCCUACCCUUUCUCCAAUUGAAGUAACAGUUGUUCUAGGGAAAGAAGACCUGGCAAUCAAGAUCUCAGACCGAGGAGGUGGUGUUCCAGUGAGGAAAAUUGAGCAGCUGUUUAGCUACAUGUAUUCCACUGCACCAAGGCCAAAUAUGGAUGAUGGUCGAAAUACCCCUCUUGCUGGCUUUGGGUAUGGCUUGCCAAUUUCUCGUCUCUAUGCUAAAUACUUUCAAGGAGACCUAAAUCUUUACUCCAUAUGUGGUUAUGGAACAGAUGCUAUCAUCUACUUGAAGGCCUUAUCAACAGAAUCAAUAGAAAAGCUCCCAGUUUUUAACAAAUCAGCUUCCAAGCAUUACCAGGCUACCUCAGAGGCAGAUGACUGGUGUGUCCCAAGUAAAGGCCCAAAGGAUAUGGCAAAGCAGAGUGCAGCUUCGUGAAGAGAAGUUGGUAUUGAGACACCCUAGGGGAUCAAGCUGGCUUCAAGAGCAGCAUUUGGAAGUAUUCAUCUACCUUCAAACAAGCAAGAUUCAGAACUAGCAGAAGAAAAAACAAGAUAAGAGUAUUAUAAACCUAGGCUGUAUGCACUGAAUCUGAAACCUUGCUGUGGACUUCAGGAUGAGGAAAAUAGGAGCACAUAUGUCUUUAAAGAAGAGCUAUGUAUAGAGAAAAAUGAAGCUAUUUUUUUACUAUGAUCAAAGACUUGGCGUGGUAGAGGUGUGCAAUUUUUAAAUCCUGUUAAAUGCUUGAAUUCUGCAUACUGACUGAUAAACAAGUUAUGCUGAUGCAUAUUUUUCUGUUAGAAUAGUUAUCAGCAGUUUAUCAUAUUACAGAACUUCUCAGGUAGAUAGAUAACAUCCAUACUUUAAAGUUGUAUUUAUAACCUUUGGAUAUAUAACAUGGCAGUCUUGUAGCAAGAUGUAAACAGCAUUCAAGUACAGCCUGACUGCAAGAAAGGGAGCCCCAGGAGGUAGGGAGAAAGUGUUUGCCAUAUAUAAGGAAGUCACAUUUAUAAAAAAAAAAAGUUAUUCCAGGGAUAAUUCUUAUGUGAGCCUUGCUCUGUGAGUCACAUUGUAGAUAUUUUAUGUUAAACUGUCCAUGGGAAAUCAGCCAAGUAAGGUUUCUAUCCAUAAGGUAAUGAAGAAGAAAAUCAGGAUAUUUUUAAAAGCUACUGGAAAGAAAUGGAAAGCUGCUUGGUUGUAACAGCUCUAACAUUAGGGUACAUCUAGCCUAUACCCCCUGUAUUCUGGAGAAUGUGUGCCAGGUCAGUUAGGAUUUUCCAAGAGCUGAAGUCAGACAUGCAAGUUUAACAGAAAGGGUUUGGUGAUGUGUAUUGUAUAAGCAUGUUGUAAAAAACAGCAUGUUUAAAACACAGUCUUGUGGUUUGUUUCUGUUCUGUUAGAUUAGUGGUUCAACACACUAAACCAAAAUCUGCCAAUUGUAUUUUUCAAAUUUGUAUUGGACCACAUCAGCUCAAAGUUGUACAUAGGGAAUCUAUACCCUGAAAGCUGUGGGUGGGCACUGAAGGUCUGUUGGAAAGGUUUUCAGGAGUGGUAAAAAUUUAUUCUAAGAACAGUUCAUUGCAAUAGAAAGGGUUUAGGAAAUGUCUCAAAAUAUAAACAGCACUGAAAGCUACAGAAAAGCUUUUAUGAGCAGCAAAAUAGGGGCAAUUCCCAAAGGAACAGUGCCAGUAGGAGAGAGUUGUUCAGAAAAUACUCCAUUCUCAGUAGGCUUCUUCCUUACCCAUCUCCUUUGUGUGUUUUCUCUUUUGUAAGCAAGGUAAACUUAACAGAUGCUAAACUAUUGGAUGUUGCCAAGCUGGCCAGUCAAAAGUUCAUCAGGGCUGUAGAAUAUUACUUGAAGUUUUUUACUAAUUAUCAUAUUAUCUUCUGUUUAUGUGAUCCUUUGCAAGAAGCUGCAAAUACAGUAAAGCAUCCUGCUCAGUAUGGCAGUUUUCUAUUAGAGAUUUCUAUUUGUUGGAUAGAAAAUUACUCCAUAUUCCACUAUGAAUCUAAAAUGGUUUUUAAUAGGAAACUACCUUUCUGUUCUUGAAGUCCUUUUGAGAUAUGUUUCUCAUUGAAAAUAAAAGAGUAUUUUUAUAUGCCUCAUUUAUUUUAAAAACUAAUUUUAGAUGUAUUAAUGAUAACUGCUGAGCAUGAUGACUUUAGUACUGCAUCUAGGCUGUUUUUAUCCUGGUGAAUAAGCUGCAGUCACCAAAAGUCAUCAGAUCAUUCAUCUGAGCUCAGCUCAGUGAAUGAAAUGGCUAAUAAAAAGGAAAUACCUUUGCCUACAACAUACAGGUGUAAAAAAGCUGCUUUCACUGUUGUAACUGAGUAUUUGUUGAUUUUUGAACUGAAUACAAGGUCACAAACACAUACAUAGGUAGUCAUUGUUGUCAAGUAAUCACAAUUUAUACCUUUCUGUGUGCAUCCAGUAAUGCUUGGACCCGAGUUAUGACCUGAUGGUACAUGUGUAACACAGCUGCAGCUGCUCCAGCUGAGGCACAUGGGUGCUGCAAUAGUGUUUGUGAUGCUGCUUUUAGAGCAAAGCUGUGGAACAUUCAUGAUGCAGGCAGAGGUUGUGUAGCACUUAAAGAAUACACAUGAAAUCUGUGUAGUAUUAUAAAUGACAGCUAUCUACCUAGAUAAUACAGCACCUUUUCCAACGUUCACUGACAUUUUAUUCUGAAAGCAGAGCUGUAAUUUUAAGUCUUUUACUUGGAUGUAGAUGUUGAAAUAGUUUUAUAAUAAAAUCUUUUAAAUGGU